CCGACGGAUUGUUAUUCCGGGCGGAACACACUGGAAAGCGUUCUUGGACGUACAAAGAUUAGUUCCUACGGUCCCACUUUCAAGUGCAGGCCUGGCUAAACACAUGAGACAAUCUUCUCAGAGCGGUGUUAUGUGAAUAAAUGUAUGAGGAUGGAUGAAGGUGUCUCAGAGCUACCCGGUCCCUCUCUCCCCCUCCCCACCCUGCGCCUCCUGGUUCCACCUAUUCGCCUCGUCUCGGCAGCCAUCUGGCAGACCAUAGAACACAAGAUUGUAUCGGAUUAUGGACUGCUGGAGGAGUUUGUGUUCAUGGUUACUGAAAUAGUUCCACAACUUCUGUCAAGCAGGCAACGUGCUGAGCUUAUUUUGGGUCUCAGAGCUCGGCUCAUCUUGGAGCUGUGCCGCUCGGAGGAGACCGCCGACCUCCAGAUCAUUCAACCACACCUUGAUAGGAUGCAAAACCUCCAAACACUCUGGAAAGUGGAGACUUGUAGUGCUGCACCUGACAUUUCUGACUCUCACUUUAUGGGACUGGUGCGAAAUUUGCUGCGCGAUUCCGAAGAAAGGAAGAACUUCUUUCAAGAUGUUUUCCCUGAGGACUUUGGUCCCACUUACGACAAAGCAAUCCAGACAUUGAUGUGGCUGUUCCUCUCCAGACUUGAGAAGCUUCUUCCAAGUCAGUCUCUCCAUCAGAUUGCAUCUUUGCUCAGUGAUUCCUCUUCCGUCCUGAAAGACUGCUUGGAGUCAUUCACUGCAUCCCAGGGACUGAGAACUGUGUUGGAUACUCACAAAGACCUCAGCCAGUUGGAGGAUGUUGAUUCUUGCGAGGUCGAUAGCGGCAUCCUGUCCGCACUGUGUCUUCCUCCAGCUAAAAGAGUCGUGAUCGUCAAUGACCAGACGGGAACGGAUUCAGAGAGUCGCCUUGUUUAUGCGGUUGGUACAGAAAUGGAGGUUGAGUCUGACAACAAAAUGGUCUUCCCCGAAGAGAAUGUGCAAACGUCGUGGUUGGGAAUGGGUAGUGAGGGGAAAACGGACAUUGGUACCGAUGGCGAUGACUGCGAAAUGGAAGACCACCAUGACCACCUAUCUGAAACCCUGAUCAUUGGGGAGGACGGCAAAGUGACUGUGCUGGACAGCAUAGGAAAGGCGCCAAACAGACGCGGGAGGAAAAAGAAGCGUUUUGUCGAUGAGGACUUUCAAAUGCCGGCUGGUGCGAUGGAUCCAGAUAUCGAUUUGCUGAAGCGGCCGAUGCGGAAGAACCGCGGCCUGAAGAUGAAGCGCCUUUUGUCACAGUGGAGGAAAUCUGGAAGGACAGCUGCCACUGACAGUGGGGAUAGCAGCCCUACAAGGUUUUCAGAGUCCCUGGACUCUGCUAAGAGCGAUGACGUGGAUGAGAGAACUUGCAAAGUAUGUGGCAAGGUGGUGAGUCAUUCCAAAUUCAUGGAGCGCCACAUGGCCCAGCACUCGGAAGAGCUCCCGUACUCUUGCACACGGUGCCAGAGAAGUUACAAGAGCUUGCGGUACUUGCAGCAACACAAAUGUCAAAGUGGGAUACAUCAGACAGAUGCCCAGAAAGACAAAGAUGUGACGGGCGAAGAAGAAGAAGAGGAGGAGGAGGACAAGUCAAGCAUACUUUUAUGUGAUCCAGCCAAUCAAGCAGUGCCUGCAGACAACCCUGACUACUCAUUCCCUGAGGAGAAGAUCUCUGUCAAAGAACUGGGAGAAAAAAGUCCAGAGGACAGUAAAAGUAUCCUGGACGGUCCCUACUACUGUCCUCACUGCAGUGUGGAGUUCAAGUGCAAGCAGACGUUCAGGUUUCACCUAAGAAACAUCUGCUACAACGAGCAGCAGGUGGACCCCGAUCAAACCGACGACAUUCGGCACUGCUUCCGUUGCAACGAGUGCGACAAGGCUUUCAAGUACAAAUCCACGUUGGACUCCCACAAACAAACGCACAACCCGCUCUACUGCGAGGUGUGCAUGAAACUGGUGCGCGACUCUGAGGCCUUGGCCAUGCACAAGGAAUCGCACACGCCCUUCCAGUGCAACCAGUGCGAGGAGAACUUCCCCGUGUUCAAGUCGCUGCACAAGCACUACAUCGACGUCCACAAUCCCACCGAGCCCUUCACGUGCACCCACUGCCAGAUGACGUUUGCCAGUUUGAAGCGUUUCAUCCGACACGAGUGGAAACACACCGGCUACCAACCGUUUCAGUGCCCGCACUGCACAAAAAGAUUCCGAUCCUAUUCCGAUCUUCUGGAGCACCAGAAAAAGCACACAAAGGAGUAUCCCUUCCUCUGCUGGGAGUGCGGCAAGAAAUUCCGUCACGGCGUCACUCUGACGAGGCACGUGGAACGCGUGCACCACUCUGGCGAACCGCUGAGCGACAAAGCCCUGCCCACGUUUGCGUGUUCACAGUGCGAGAAGAGCUUCACCUCCAGGAGAUGCCUUCUGAAACACGAUAACUUCCAUCACAAAGGCAUGCGCUUCCCAUGUGAGCAUUGCGGAAAGGGUUUCUUUGGUAAAGACGCCCUGGUCAGGCACACUUUGAUUCACACGGGCGAAAGGCCUUUCAAGUGCGAUGACUGCGACAAGUCUUUCCGAUCCGCCGCAGAGCUCAAGAUCCAUCGCAGGUACCACACGGGAGAAAGGCCCUUUAAGUGUGGCAUCUGUGAAAAGGGUUUCGUCCAGUCGUGCUUUCUCACGCUGCACAUGCGGACCCACACCGGAGAGAGACCGUAUGUUUGUGCUGUCUGUAACAAAGCUUUUUCUAGUUUACACGGCCUUAAAAGACACCGCAGGCUUGUGCAUCCAUAGUUCCACAUAGUUCUUCCUUGGGGUGGGCAUGAAAGACUUUGAUGGGUUUAACAAAAAUCUUGCUUAUGAAAAGGAGUGACAGUUGGGGAAAAUUAAAAGGCUUCUAAUAAUCUAAGUGUAUUUUUACAGACAUUUGCUGUAGUUCUACAUAAGAGUAGUAUGUACACACCAUAAAACAAUGGCUUUGGGAAUAAAUGUUUUCUUCAACAA